AUGGCUCCUCACGCGAACGAAUUUCCCAAUGACCGUAGUGCAAAUUCUGCUGCCCCCAAUGAAUUGUUCACCGUCCGCUCCCCGAAUGUCAUCUAUACCGAAGAUGCCAUCAUGUCCACUUACACUUAUCGUACUACUAAAGUCACGAGGGCUGGCAACAAGUAUGUCGCAGAGCCUCUGGAGACUGUAUACGAUUUCAACGUCCAGCGUAAAAUUGGCAAAGUGGGACUCAUGCUCGUGGGAUGGGGUGGUAACAAUGGAACUACUGUCACCGCCGGUAUUAUCGCUAACCGUGAUGGUUUGACCUGGGAAACCCGUGAGGGUACUAGGGGCGCAAAUUAUUACGGCUCUGUUAUCAUGGGAUCUACCAUCAAAUUGGGCAACGAGGCUGAAACUGGGAAGGAGAUUCAUAUCCCUUUCCGUGAUAUUCUCCCGAUGGUUAAUCCCAAUGACCUUGUCCUUGGCGGGUGGGAUAUUAGUGGCAUGAAUCUUGCCGAUGCUAUGGAUCGUGCGGCCGUUCUCGAACCCGAUCUUAAGCGUCAGGUAGCGAAGGAAAUGCGCAACAUGGUUCCAUUGCCAAGUGUUUACUAUCCUGACUUCAUUGCGGCCAACCAGGAGGAUCGCGCCGAUAACGUUUUGAAGGGUACCAAGGAGGAACAUGUCGAGAAGAUUCGUAGUGAUAUCCGUAACUUCAAGGCAGAGAACAACCUCGACAAGGUUAUCGUUCUUUGGACCGCCAACACCGAACGUUACGCAGAGAUCAUUCCCGGUGUCAACGACACCGCUCAGAAUCUUCUUGCCGCUGUCAAGGCUGGCUACGAUGAGGUUGCUCCAUCUACUAUCUUUGCUAUUGCUUGUAUCCAGGAAGGUGUCCCUUUCAUCAACGGUUCCCCCCAAAACACAUUUGUCCCGGGCGCCAUUGAGCUUGCCGAGCAACACAAGUCUUUUAUCGGUGGUGACGAUUUUAAGUCCGGUCAAACUAAAAUGAAGUCUGCACUGGUUGAUUUCCUUGUCAAUGCCGGUAUCAAACUUACCUCGAUCGCCUCUUACAACCAUCUAGGAAACAACGAUGGGAGGAAUUUGAGCGAGCACAAGACAUUCCGAAGCAAGGAGAUUAGUAAGAGCAAUGUUGUCGAUGACAUGGUGGAGGCCAACUCCGUCUUGUACAAGAAGGGAGAGCACCCUGAUCAUACUGUAGUCAUCAAGUACAUGCCUGCCGUUGGAGAUUCCAAGCGCGCAUUGGAUGAGUACUACGGUGAGAUUUUCUUGGGCGGCCACCAAACCAUCUCCAUGUCCAAUGUUUGCGAGGAUUCCCUUCUCACGCCUCUAAUGGAUUACAAGGGUUUCCAUAGUGUCCUCAGUAUCUUGAGCUACAUGCUGAAGGCACCCUGUACUCCGCCUGGAACUCCCGUUAUCAAUUCUCUCGCCAAACAACGUGCGGCUAUGUCCAACAUCUUCCGCGCCUGUGUUGGGUUGGACCCUGAGUCCGACAUGACCUUGGAGCACAAGCUUUUCGCUUAGGUCUUCAGGAAUCCCGUUCUGAGCGGGAGAUAUUCUUCAGUUCUGUGUGGCGUGGCUUGGAGGCGAUGAAUGGUGCUGUUUGAGUUGGCCUCCUUUUCUAUUGCUUUCAUGCACAAUUCUGUUUUCUGUUUUCUGUAACUUGAGCCGUAGGGCCUAGUGAUUUGUUUGCAAUAAAACCCGUUCACACGAA